AUGGAUGUUGAGCCGAUAUACUGCGCAGAGCAGAUUCACAUACCACCGGACCUGGCAGAUGUUCUGAAGGCCUUUACGAAGGAGGUGUUGCGCCACCAGCCCGCCGAUCUCAUCCAGUUCUCGGCUAAGUACUUCGCAAACCUGGCCGCAGUCACACAGACUCAGAGCAGCGACAGUCUGCCCACGAAAGAGCAGCUGCAAAGAGUCUGGGAACGGACCAGAGAGGCAGAGAGCAUGUCUCGAGAUGCAGUAGCAGGGGCCUGCUCGGCAGCGGGUAUCUCAGAGGGCACAACGGAGAAAGCAUGGAAGCUGGGCAACUGGGGAGGCUCCGUAAAUCCAAAGGAGGUGCUCGUUCUCCUGAUCACGAUGACUGCCCCGAACUUUCUGUCUGUCGUCGAGUACCUGUUCCUGGUCUGUGGAGACGAGGCGGGGACACUGCCCCGGGAGCUCUUCCUGGAGCUGUUUGGAAUUCUAGCGGCGCGAGAUCAGGACGUCACCACCACAUUUGCCGCGGAGCUAUCGCGGGACCUAGCUUCUCAAGGAGCGGAGCGGGUGACGUUCAAGGACAUUGCGGAGAAUGAGCUCGUGCAAGAGCUCGUAUCCAGGCUCUACUGA